AUGUCUGAUAUCACUGGGUUUGGGACAGGGGUCCUGCUGAGACACCUUACUGCUAGUGAAGCCAAGAAACUUCCCAUUCAGGAAUUCCAUUUCAGUCGCAUUUUGCAGGAAACCGGUCUGACCCACCAGCAGUUCAUAGACCUCUGCAUCUUGCUUGGCUGCGAUUACUGUGGCACAAUAAAAGGAAUUGGACCCAAGCGAGCCAUCGAUCUCAUUAAGCAGCAUGGCUCCAUUGAGGAGAUCCUGGACAACAUCGAUCCUGCUAAACACCCGGCUCCAGAGGACUGGCUGUAUAAAGAGGCCCGCCGGCUCUUCCUGGAGCCAGAGGUGGUGGACAGUGAUUCUGUAGAGCUGAAGUGGACUGAUCCUGAUGAAGAGGGACUGGUCCAGUUCAUGUGUGCUGAGAAACAGUUCAGUGAGGAGCGCAUUAGGAAUGGCUGUAAGAAGAUCAUGAAAAGCAGACAGGGCAGCACCCAGGGCAGGCUGGACUCCUUCUUCACUGUCACAGGCUCACUGUCAUCCAAACGCAAGGAACUGGACUCAAAGGGGUCAGCAAAGGAGAAAUUGAAAACAACUGCAACUCCAGGAAAAUUCAAAAAAGCCAAAUAG